CUCCAUCCACAUUCUUAAAGACGACAAAGAAAAGGAAAUAUUCAACAGUGUUCGUGAAAGUGAAGGGAAAAGCCCACUUGCAUCGCAUCAAAACCCAACUCACUUACUGGAAUCUGCUUCGCUUGCUUGCUCCUGUAGUAGUGGCAAUGCUCUGCCUCAGAUCGGAAGCCCUCGACGACGAUCAAGCCCUACCCUCAUCGUCUUCUUCCCCAAGCACCGAUCGGAGCAACUCCAACGGCGGGUUUCUUCUUCCCAUGAACUGGGGAAGCUCGAUUAGUAGGUUUUUGGGUAGGACUAGGAAGGGUUCGAGACGAUCUUAUUCUUCAGGAGAUGGGUCAUUGUAUUUUCCAGAUCUCGAGGAGAAUGAGAUGCUUGAUCGUAGGAGUGAGGGAAAGGAAGGAAUCAAGAGCAAGCGUCAGUACAGAUACGAGCUGGAACAAGACGUUAAGAAGUUGCAGAAGCAGUUGCAAGAAGAGAUCAACUUGCAGUUAGCUCUAACGAGUGCUGUUGAACACUCUGAUUCGCCAUUCUUGGAGUCCCCUUGCAAACUUCCUGACAAGGCCCAGGAACUUCUGGACAGCUUAGCGGUAUUGGAAAUCACCGUGUCAAAGCUCGAACAAGAAUCGGUUUCUUUGAGAUAUCUACUUAGCCAAGAGAAGAGUGAGAGACGCCUUGUUGAGUUUCGUCGAAAGAAAUCUCCCAAUUCUGUACUGCCAAUGUUCAGUGAUGCCCUAAAUCCCUCCAGCAAGUUGGUAACAAGCAAGGGAGACAAUAAUAGGCAAGUGGUUUCUUGAAGGUGGUCAAGCCCUAAUGUAGAAGCAAAGAAGAUGGGCUGACCUUUGCCACGAAAAAGGGAUGGCAGAGGACCUUAUGCAUUGUCCAAUGAAGUGAUCAAGUCCAUUGAAAAUACUGUUUCCUUACCGAAAUCCUCCAAGACUGCAUUCUGCUGAUGCUGAAUCUAUAUCUACAACUCCCGACGGAAGAGUCCCUUUUCUUAUUCACCAAGUGUCAUUAACCGGAUAUGGAGCUCGUCAGAUUCGCAUAACUUAACCAGCAAUAGUCGAAUGAGGGAGCAACUUUAGGAGAUUAAGACAAGACAGCAACGGAAGUGGCAUUGUUUUCUGUUGGAAAUAACAAAACUCAAGUAACCCGCCAUGGCUUUGUGAGUGUACUGUGAAUUUCCAUGUCCGAAAUGUAUCAUUUGUUUGACAAAGAGAUACCUUUUCGUAUCUGCUCAGUUUGGGUUGGAAAUCUGAUCAGUUUCAGACAUACCCAUCUUUCCUAGAGGGGAGGAAGAGCCUUAAAUAGAUGUCUUGUAGUUUAUUUUGUGCGCUAUUUUAUGUUGUUAACAAUGGCUAUUCAGCUUUCUUCUAACUUUUGCUCAGUCACUUUUUA